GUCAGAGUUGACAGCUCUGUCUUCCGUUCUAUAUUGUUAUUUUGCUUGAACAACUGCAGGGCAGGUUCGUUCAACCGCAUGCUUUCAUUUCUUUUUAGUUUCAUAUGUUCGUCUUAGUUCUGCCUUAUUAGCCACGUCGGAACAUUGUCUGCCUCCACACACUUGGCCAAAACAGCAUGAGUUCACGGCGACCGGACAGCUUUGACGGGUUAGGUUACAGGGGCAGGGAGGAGCUCUCCUAUGGAGGGGGUUACGGUGGAAGGUCGUUUAAUAACUCGUCCAGCGCGGAUCUCCAGCACUGGGUGACGACGCCCCCAGAUAUCCCGGGUAGCAGGAAUCUGCACUAUGGCGAGCGAACACCGCAGUUCGAGGCGGCCGCGCCUACAAUCCCCGGAGCCGAGGAGAGCCAGCAGCAGCCGUCAGGCGGACCGUCCGAGCAGUUAAACAGAUUUGCUGGAUUUGGUAUAGGGCUUGCAAGUCUCUUUACAGAAAACGUGCUAGCUCAUCCCUGUAUCGUGUUUCGCCGUCAGUGUCAGGUGAACUAUCAUGCCAAGAAUUUCCAUCUAUCACCUUUCACUGCUAUCAGCAUCAUGUACAAUAUCACUAAAACUCAGGGGCCAAAGGCUUUAUGGAAAGGAAUGGGAAGCACAUUUGUUGUGCAGGGAGUUACCUUGGGUGCUGAGGGUAUCAUCAGUGAAUGCACACCACUCCCCAGGGAAUUAUCACACAAAUGGAAUCCAAAACAGGUUCUUGGGCACCUAGUACUGAAAGGUUUGACGUAUGUGGUGGCAAUGCCUUUUUACUCAGCAAGCCUCAUUGAGACUGUGCAGAGUGAAAUAAUCCGGGACAACCCUGGCAUCCUGGACUGCGUGAAAGAAGGGGUCGGCCGUGUGGUGGGCUUAGGUGUCCCACACAGCAAGCGUCUCCUGCCACUCUGGAGUCUGGCCUUUCCCACAGUCCUUCAUGGUGUCCUGCACUAUGUGAUCAGCUCUACCAUUCAGAAGCUGGUGAUGCUUCUCUUGCGGCGGAGGAGUGGCAGUGGCCAGCCCUGCCAUGAUGGAUCUGAGACAGCACAAAACAUGCUGGAUGCUUACUUCCCUGAGCUCAUGGCCAGCUUUGCAGGCAGCCUGUGUGCUGACAUUGCACUCUUCCCCCUGGAGACAGUGCUCCACCGGCUCCACAUCCAGGGCACACGCACCAUCAUCGACAACACAGACCUGGGCUUUGAGGUCUUGCCCAUAAACACACAAUAUGAGGGAAUGAGAGACUGCAUUGGUGCCAUUCAGAGGGAGGAAGGAGCACUGGGCUUUUACAAAGGCUUUGGAUCAGUUGUGGUGCAGUAUUCGUUACAUGCUGCUGUGCUGCAGAUUACGAAGAUGAUUUAUUCUGCGUUGUUGCAAACUGCCUGAACAAAAAAUUCUUACUCUCAAUAUCUGUGUCUAAUUGGUCAUUGUAAAUUCACCAAGCUGACACCUGGGUUAAGCUAGUGAUUGUGUUCCAGAAGCAUGACAGGAGAUGUAAAGACCUGAAACUGUAUGGAUUUUUUUUUUUUUUUUGCUCCAUACACACUUCUGUGACUUUUAAUUUAUGGCUGACUGUCCACUUGAAAUUGUCUUCUUAAAAACUUAUGACUAUAACAACAAACUUUUGUGGACAUGCCACUUUAUCUGUAAUGGGAAUGAUUACGCACAGUUUACAUUAUGGUCUGUUUGCAACCACCCUAAGUUUUAUGUUAAUUUUUUCUUCAUUGAAACAAAAGUCCUUCUUGAUAUUGAUAUCACACAGUAUCACUAUUGGAUUCCUGAUUACAGACCAGAAAAAGAUGGGACUUGAUUUCCUCGUAAAUUGACUUGUGUAUAUGGUGUACAGUAAACUUGUGAAAAUAUGUGAUAUGUCUUUAAAUUAUUUGCACUUUAAUGUCUGCUAAUAUGGUACUUAGUUAUUUGUUCCGGACUUUUGCGUACAGUAUGUAGUACAUGCUGGCAGUUUAACACAAUGCUAAUACAAAAUUCACUUCCUGCUGGUAUAUUUGAUGAUCAGGGAUUUAAAAUUCUCAUUGCUUUUUGUAAGUGUAUUUAGCUGUCUAAUAUUUCGUAAUGUAAAAUUUCACAACUGUGAUUUUGAGGAUUACCAAAAAUAAAUGUGUGA